AUGGCACAGCACACGCUCCAGACCAUUCCCGCCGAGCUGAGGAACAACAUCUACGAGUUGGCCUUCACUUCCGACCAAGAGGGACCGAUCGAAUUCUGCAAGGCAGCUCCGCCGAGUAAUGCGCUGCUCCUUGCGUGCAAACAGAUUCAUAACGAAGCCGUUCAGAUCUAUCGGGCGGCAUACCAUCGGUAUUGGAGCACAAGCGAAUUCGUGAUCGACAUUCUCGAGUCGGACUUGACGGAUGAUGAAAAGGCCGCCAUACGAAGAAUCCACCCGCAAGAUGUGGAGCGCAUCCCGAGUCUGAUCCUGACGAACCACACUGCCGCAUGGAGAUUGGAAAAUAAUGGCCGGACGGAAGUCAUGACUCCUCGCUUCGACGAAGACAACCAUGAACUUUACGUGGUGGUGAAAACACGUACCCGCGGUUAG